AUGAUGAUGAUGAUGAUGAUGAUGAUGAUGAUGAUGAGCAAGAGGGACAAGAGGGACAAGAGGAAGAGGAAAAGGGGGGAAGAAGAAGAUGUGGGCGGAGAAGAAGAUGAAGAAGAAUGGGAGGUGGAGGCUGAGGCUGAGGAAGAAGAAUAA